UCCUCAGUACAGAGAGACGCACAGACGAUCAGACGGAGUUCAGACCAAACUAGCAGCUUCCUCUGAGUGAGUCCAGCUACAGGAGAGAAAAGUGGAAAACUCCAACACUGCUGCUUCAAGCUGCUGACGCUCCACACACUGAAUCUUCACUCACAGACUCAAUGGCUUCCAGAUCAGAGGAGGAUCUCUGCUGUCCGGUCUGUCAGGAGGUCUUCAGAGAUCCUGUUCUUCUGUCAUGUAGCCACAGCUUCUGUAAAGACUGUCUGAAGAGAUGGUGGAGAGAGAAAGGGGAACGUGAGUGUCCAGUUUGUAAGGAAAUAUCUUCAAAGAAGCAUCCACCUUUAAACCGAGCAUUAAUGAACCUGUGUGAGUCGUUCUUACUGGAGAGAGAUCAGAGAGCUUCAGAGGCUCUCUGCAGUCUGCACUCUGAGAAACUCAAACUCUUCUGUCUGGACCAUCAGCAGCCAGUGUGUGUCGUCUGCAGAGACUCAGAAAAACACACCAAUCACAGAUUCAGACCCAUCGAUGAAGCUGCACAACAACACAAGAAGGAACUUCAGGAAACUCUGGAGCCCUUAAAGAAGAAGUUAAAGGUUUGUGAAGAAGUUCAAGUGAAGUUUGAUCAAACAGCAGAACACAUUAAGGUCCAGGCCCGACACACAGAGAGGCAGAUUAAGGAGCAGUUUAAGAAGCUUCACCAGUUUCUAGCAGAGGAAGAGGAGGCCAGGCUGACUGCACUGAGGGAGGAAGAGGAGCAGAAGAGUGGGAUGAUGAAGGAGAAGAUGGAGGCUCUGAGCAGAGAGAUAGCAGCUCUUUCAGACACAGUCAGAGCCACAGAGGAGGAGCUGAGAGCUGAAGACGUCUCAUUCCUGCACAACUACAAGGCUGCAGUGGAAAGAGUCCAGCGCUGCCCCCUGCUGGAUGAUCCACAGCUGCCCUCAGGAGCUCUGAUAGACCACGCCAAACACCUGGGCAACCUGACCUUCAACAUCUGGAACAACAUGAAGGACAUGGUCUCCUACACUCCUCUCAUUCUGGACCCAAACACUGCUCAUCCAAUCCUCAUCCUGUCUGAAGAUCUGACCAGUGUGAGAGGAAGAGAGAGGCAGCAGCUUCCUAAUAAUCCAGAGAGGUUUGAUGUGUUCUGCUCUGUCCUGGGCUCUGAGGGCUUUAACUCAGGGACUCACAGCUGGGAUGUUGAUGUAGGAGACAGUACAAGGUGGGCAUUGGGGGUGUUCGCAGAGUCUGUGCAGAGGAAAGGAAGCAUACUGUCUGAAUUUUGGGGAUUAGUGUUCAGUACAGGUAAAUAUUUUACAUUCUCACCAUCCGCUAAAACUUCUCUCUCAGUCCAGCAGAAGUUCCAGAGGAUCAGAGUGAAUCUGGACUGGAACAGAGGAAAGCUGUCGUUCUCUGAUCCUGAUACUAACACACACAUACACACCUUCACACACACUUUCACUCACAGGAUGUUUCCAUGUAUUUACACUGCUGGUAAAGUGAAGGUGUGUCCGUUGAAGGUGUCAGUGUCAGUGGAGCAGAUGAGUUGAGGAUGAUGAUGUUUCUAAUGUUGUUUCCUGUCAGUGAAUUGAAGCUGUUAAACUGCAGCUGUCCUCCUGCUGCCUCGUUGUUCCAAAGCUCUUUGUUUCUCUUUUAGUUCUCACUGUUUCUUUCUGUUUCUGCUGUCCACCUUUUCACAUGGAAAAUCAUUUCACUGUUUCUCACUGAAUGACUCCCCAAACUAGAUUUGAAAUUCUAUCAAGUUUCUAAUCAUUACAAGUGAUUCAUGUUUCUAUUUGAUGUGUGAACUAUUAAGCUUUAUUACGCUAUUAUUAAGUUCUUAUUUCAUCAUUUAUAAAGCAUUAAUUCUCCUUACUGUUCAUUUCCAAAUGUUUAUUCUUGAUUAAUAAAGCCCCAUAUAA